GCAGGAGCUGCGCGGGCGGGAGUAGCGUGCGGUAUGACGUCACGGGGCGCUGUGAGCUUGCUGAGAGGUGAAGGCGCAGAUAGACGGAGACGCGCGGUUGUAAAGUGCGCACUGCCAUGAACUUCUGUUUGUAACUUCAUUGUUGUUGCAUCUGUCAGGAAGGGACGAAAACCAAAAACAAAUACGCGUAUAUCGCGCCACGUCCGCCUUUUACACUCGGAACACGCUUGGAGGAGUUACUGUGUGUUUUCUUGAUUUCUUUCCUCUUUUUUUCCGCGCAAACUUUUGCGAGAAGAGGCGAUGUCGUCUGCGGCGGUCGCUGCUUCUAGGAGGCAGUCGUGUUAUUUAUGUGACUUGCCCCGCAUGCCCUGGGCUAUGAUCUGGGAUUUUACCGAGCCCGUCUGCAGAGGAUGUGUCAACUACGAGGGAGCGGAUCGUAUUGAGUUUGUCAUCGAGACGGCUCGCCAGCUGAAGAGGGCUCACGGCUUCCAGGAGGGGAGGUCUCCCGGUCCGGGGAAGCCGCAGCUCUCGGGAAAAGACAUUCAGUCUAUCAACCAUACGGCCGGGGACCCGGGAUCGCGGCCGCCCCAGCCCUUGGAUCGCUACCCCCUGGCGUCGGAUCGGCCGCCCAGACUGGGUCCAGAAUAUCAGCCGGGAAGGCAGGCUAAUGGCAUUCCCGUCCCGAAUGGAUUUCCUAAACCAGACGACCCCCCCGAGCUGAACCGACAGAGCCCCAAUCCCCGCAGGACUAGCACCGUCCCCCCGAACCUGGUGUCCCUGGUUAACGGAAAUAUCCCUCCGGUACACGCUCUGAACGGCCGCUCCUCGCAGAUGGGGAUCCCCGGUGUACUGGCGGCGCCGAGUCCGGGCGAGCUGGGCGGCAAAAGGCCGGAGGACAUGAAAGACAAGCACCGCCCGGACAGCCUGUCGGAGAUCGGCGACUCCCACAAGAGGGCUGACGACUGGAUGAACAAGGGCAAAACAGUGCGGGACCUAAUGGCUCUCCACAGCUUCGACAAUCGCUUCAAGAAAGACCACGCAGCCAUGCAGCAGAGGGUGAUGUUGUACGAGACGAGUGCCACGGCUACCAAAUCAGAUAGGGGGAAGCACCCCAGGAACGUAAAGAGGAAGGCGUCGCCGGAGCCUGAGGCGGAGGGCACUGCGGUGAAGGUGAACGGCGAGGGCCAGCCCUGGCUGCCGCCUCCCGCGGUGCCCCCUCCCAGCUUCGCCACGCCGCCCUCCACCAUCUCGCCGCAUGCACGCGCCACCCCACCCGAGGCAGCUCAGAACGGGCAGUCCCCCAUGGCAGCCCUCAUCUUGGCAGCAGACAACGCAGGCGGCAACGGCUCGCCCAAGGACGCCAACCAGGUGCACUCGACCACCCGUAGGAACAGCGGUAGCCCCCCGUCACCGUCCCAGAGGAGGCUGGCCCAGAGGGACGCCCCUGUCUCAGGGACACCGCAUGUGCCCGGCUUGGACCAGGUGCACCAGCAGAGCAUUCCCGACUCGUCCGUGCCGGGCAGUGUGCCCCUGUGCUGCACACUGUGCCACGAACGUCUGGAGGACACGCAUUUCGUCCAGUGCCCGUCCGUGCCCUCGCACAAGUUCUGCUUCCCCUGCUCCAGGGAGAGCAUCAAGCAGCAGGGGGCCAGCGGGGAGGUGUAUUGCCCCAGCGGGGAGAAGUGUCCCUUGGUGGGCUCCAAUGUACCCUGGGCAUUCAUGCAGGGCGAGAUAGCCACCAUCCUGGCUGGAGACGUCAAAGUAAAAAAGGAGAGGGACCCUUGAUUUUAUGCUCAUAAGGACAAACAAACAAAAAAAAAAAAUAAAAACUAAUCAAAUAUAAGUAAAUAAGUAUAAAUUACACACAUACCAUCCAAACAAAAACUAACGGACUUGUACAGUGGACACAAGGGGAGUGUAUACUUCGUAACCAUGGCUGUAUAAUUUUUGAUUUUUGAAUACGUUGUGUUUCUAUAUUUUUGAAGAUAAAAAAGGUAUGUACUUGUUAUAAUGGACUUCCUCUGCUCCUUUCUGUUGAUGUUAAGCGAAUUCUUGAUGUAUCCUCCGGUCUGGUGGCAGUUCCUGUUAAACGUAGGAUGUGAACAUGCGUUACUCACAUGGCACUUGGCGAAUCUCAGAUGCUUCUAGCUGUACUUGUAUGCACUUGUUUUAAAAAAAUUGCCAAAUACAAUUUCUGACCUUGUAAUAAUAA